AUGGAUAAUCUACAAGAUAAUAAAUUAAAAUUUUUUCUUUCUCUUAUGAUUAAUGAGUGGAUAAAUGAUAUUCAAACUUUUUUGCAGUUUAGCAAUGAAUUUAAAACAUCUUCUAUUAAUUUGAGAACUAACAUAACUUUUGCAAUUUCAUUAAUAAAUGCUACCAUCAAACUCCCAAGUGGAAUUGAUAGUUUUGAAGAACUUAGUAAUGCACUUAAAAAGGACAUUUCCUUUACAGUAUUCAAGAAUACAAAUAAAAGGAAAUUGCAAUUAUUAAAAUAUAUUUCAGAAAGAGAAGACGGCGAUACUUCAAAAUUUAUUUCAAAUUUUCGCCAAUUAUGUUAUAAUGCCGAAAUUAACGAUAUUGAUGAACAAAAGAAAUACAUAAUUCAAUCACUUAUUUCAAAUAGUUAUUUUUUAUCUGAAUUUUUUAAGAGAAAAGACAAAAUUAAUUCUACAAAUGAAUUAAUUAAAGAAUUUGAGGAAAUUGCUAUGGAUGAAUCAAAUUUAGUUAGAAACGGAUCUAUUGUAGCUUUAAAACACGUUGCUACGGGAAAAUAUUUAAGUUCGAUUAGUGGUUUACGUUAUACAACUGGAAGUAAGUCACAAUUGGUUUUUGUUAGUAAUUAUGAUUCAAAUGCUUUAUGGAAUAUCACAUUUUCGAGCGGUAAAGAAUUAGCUUCAUAUACUGAUACUAAUAUAUAUUUACAACACAAAAGUUCCAGUUACUUUCUUGAAAAUUAUAAUCGUGAUUAUAAAUCUCCAGUAACUCAGCACAAAGAAGUAAGUUGUAAACGCAACAUUAGUUAUACUAGUUAUACUCAAUGGAAGUUUAAUAAUAGUAAAUUAGAAAAUUAUCAAGGAUGUUUGAAAUCAAAUGAUAUUCUUAAUCUUAGGAACUAUGAUCAACAGGUGUUUUUACGUAGUCAUGAUUUUCAAUUUACUAUUGGAAAUGAUACUUUUCAAGAAGUUGUCUGUCAUAACGAAAGAUUAGGUGGCAAUGAUGAGGUAUUGGUGCAUAGAGCUUAUCAAGCAGAAUUAAAAUUUUAUAUUAUCGCAUUUAUAAUUAAUACCAUUCAAAGUGUCAGUAGAUCAAAUUCCGACGCUAUCGCUAUUUUCAGAGAUUCCGAGAUUCCAAUAACUAGAUUCUUCCAUUUCCGUAAAGAGUAG